AACGUGUCAACAAAACCCUUAUUGAUCUCAUGCAUGCAUGUAUAUUUAUAUGUUCAAAUAGUCGUCCUAAUCUACAGAGAGUUGAGUACACACAAGAAAUGGCUACUAAGGUAUUCUUCAGUUUCAUCCUCAUGCUGCUACUGCUCUUUUCUUCCGGUAUACUGAGGGCUGAAGGAAGAUUGUGCGAGUCACAGAGCCAUUUGUUCAAAGGAAGUUGCUUAAGCGACAAAAACUGUAGGCAUGUGUGUGCCAACGAAGGCUUCCCUGGCGGCAGAUGCCGAGGAUUUCGCCGGAGAUGUUUCUGCACAAGGCCUUGUGUCUCGAAUUAAUUGGCAUGGAAACUUCAAAGAUAGACAUAUUGCAUUUCUAUUCUAUCUACCUCUCUUGGUGUUUCUAGUAUGAAUAAAUUGUGCUUUAUUUUCUUAUUUUUCGAUCGGUUUUAGUUUGGUGUCUUGUAUGUGUUAUUACUCUCACUGAGAUCAUUGGACUCGAUUUCAGAGAUUUGAAACAAUUAUGCUUUGCAACUUCAUCAAUUCUUUUUCACAA